CUCAGCUUUUUUUUAAUAAUUUUGCAAAAAAAAUUGAAUUGAUUUUUUUUAAUGCCAAUUGGUUGAAAUACGUAUCCUUUCAUUCAAAUAAUGCUGUAAUGGGCGCGGCCAUCACCAGUAAGUGGUGACAGUUGGCGAACUGUCAGGAAGGCCCACUGUCAACGAGACUGGAACAAGUACAGAUGGCGUUUAGUGGAAUACGAGAAGCGGAGAAGAGAACACUGAUAAAAAUUACCCUUGCGCUUGGCUCCGAUUUAGCGUUCAAAAUAAAGAGAAAAACCGAACUACGGCUUUUGCUUUUUUGAUAGUAGACGUGUACGAGCGUGGAUUAAAGUCACAGUGUCCGCCGAUUUUCCACAUUAUAAAAUUUAUCAGUCUAAUAGAAAAUAAUCAAUAAAUGAUAAAAUAGUUCAGUGCAAGCUAUUUGUCCACAAGCGUGAAACCACGGACAAUCGUAAAACCGUGCGUGCGAGAAUCGAGAACGUGAAUUUGUGUGUGUGUGGGGUCGCGCAACUCGGCGACAGACUCCCGACAAAAGAACGCGCGCGAGAUUCGAGGAAAAGUACACUGUAUCCAAGGCGAGAGGCAACGGUCAGGACUAUUCCUGGUGAAGCACGUAAAACACACAGAGAUAGCGUUUGAAAACGUUCUUUAAGCGGGAAGUAAGAGAACGGAUUCCCGGUACACACACACCAGCGAAGGAAAGUAGCGGGAAAAGAGUGUUCGUGAGCGCAACGGUUGAACAGCGGCGACGUGUGAUCGUUCACGGAAGGACAAGGCUUGCGGGAACAGGAUUAUUCAUGUUAGAUCUUGAAAUAGGGAGGACGCUGGUUUGGUGAAGCUCAACAGACGGUCUUCUAAGGCGUGAAGCAACAGAUAAGAACAUUUGUGAGCAAUAACUAUAACUGCGUGUUCUGAAAGACAUUUGUGAGUUCUGUGAAUGUUUAACAAACGACGUUGACAAAACUGCACGUGUGAUCAAAGGAGCUUAUCUCUCAGUACGGAUCAAGAAUACAAUCGCGAGUGAAAAUGAGUGAAAGGAGUAUUCGGGGAAGCACACGGCGUGUUACGCGUAGUGAGAGCAAGCGAAAAGAAGAUGAAAAGCGAGUUUCGUCCGGACCACCGGUGUUGUUCGACACAACAAUGGAUUCUGUGCUAACGUCCGAGACAAUGGUGCCGAAAGAUAAGCCAGCUUCUAAACACGAAGAAGGUUCGCAGACCACGCGAGCUAGUAGCAAUAGAAAAUUGUUGCUACAGCAGAUCAAGGAAGAAGAAGAGCUCAUCGAAAGGAAAUUGGCUUUAGUUAAACGGCGAAACGAACUCAUAGCCGCAGGUUCUGAAACAGCGUCCAGUAGUGGUAGCAGUAUGUACCAGCAGAAAAGGAUAGAAAACUGGGUGAUCAACGCUGGAACAACAGCUGUAAAAGAAGAAGCAGUGGCUGCAGCUCAACGGAAAGGAGAGCUGCUAGCAACGCCCUCUACAUCACGCAAACCGACAAAAGCGCAAUUGACAGCACGACAGUCAAAGCUCUCUGAUCUACCAAAAUUCGAAGGAAGUCAAACGGCAUGGGCAUCGUUCAUUUCCAAUUUCAACCGAACUACUGAAAUGUGUGGAUACAAUAAUGACGAAAAUUUGACCCGGUUGAACAAAUGUCUGGAAGGAAAAGCUCGAGAAACAGUCGAAUGUCUUCUUAUGCAUCCAGAAAAUGUUCCAAUGAUAAUCGACACCUUACGACUGGUAUUCGGACAACCUGUACGAAUUAUUCACGAGCUCACCAAUAAAAUUUCUUCUCUUCCAAGCAUCCCAGAAGGAAAAUUUGAAGAAGUUGUGGACCUAGCAGUAAAGGUGAGAAAUUACUGUGCCACGGUGGAAGUAUGUAAUCUAAAAGGUUACCAGAACAACGAAACGUUACUCCACAAGAUAACUAAUAAACUCCCGCCUACGCUACGACUUCGAUGGGCGGAAUUUCCGUUGGAAAAGGACGAGGUAUCGUUGCAGACAUUCAGUAGCUGGAUAGGAAAUAUAGCGAAGACGGCCUCCACCAUUACACCAUCAUCGGCCAAUAUUGUGCGUCCUAGCAACGAUCGAAAGGGUCUAAAAGGGUCAUUUGUGAACACCCAUGCUGAACAAGCACCUCAAGCAUCAACAGCAGCUAAGGCGUCUAAUAUAUGUGUGGUUUGCAAAGGGUCAUGCGCAUCCGUUGACCGAUGCGCGCGCUUUGCUGAGUUGAGUGGUGAAGGCAGAUGGGCGGUGGUGAAGGAAAAGCAGCUCUGUCGGAAAUGUCUGCGUCAGCACAAAGGUUUCUGCAAAAGACUAACGCCAUGCGGGGUGGAAGGAUGCACCUUUAAACACCACUCACUUUUACACCGGUCGAAGCCGCAGAACCAGGAAACACCCGAACGUCAAUGCAAUGUUCAUCAUAAUAAUGAAAAUAAUAUUCUUUUCAGGAUGAUUCCCGUCCGAGUGUAUGGACGAAACGUAUCAGUAGACACUUAUGCUUUUAUGGACGACGGAUCCGAGAUCACCCUGAUGGAUGAGUCAUUAGCGGAUGAACUGCAGCUAGAAGGUCCUCACAAAUCAUUAUGUCUAAAAUGGGCAAACCACAUGCGUCAUCACGAAGAAGCCUCCAAAACCGUAAGCAUUAAACUAUCUGGAAAAGGUAACGAAAUACACUCCCUCCAUGCUAUUCAAACAGUGAAGGGGCUGGAUCUUCCAAAGCAAACGUUAAAUAUGAAUAGUUUAAUCAAGAAGUAUCCUUACCUUGCCCAUACACCAGUCGAAUCGUACCGUGAUGCCAAACCACGCAUUUUGAUAGGCUUGGAUAACGCAAGAUUGAGCACAGUAAAGAAGAGUCGCGAAGGAGGAAGAAACCAACCGGUUGCUGGCAAAACACGACUAGGGUGGACUGUUUAUGGUUACUGUGGCAACGAGCGAGGAGCUAGUUCUUCGACUCCUAAUUACUAUCUUCAAGUCAGGAAAUGCGAAUGCAAUUGCGAUGACACUUUGUACAGUGCAAUGAAAGAGUAUUUUGCCCUGGACAGUAUUGGAAUAGAUAAAUCUUCUCCGGCACUCUUAUCCAAAGAAGGCGAGCGAUCGCUACAAAUACUUUCACAGCAAUCCCGAUUGAUUGACAAACGAUAUGAAUGCGGUCUUCUAUGGAAAUAUGACAAUGUGCGACUGCCUGAGAGUAAAGCAAUGGCUAUUAAUAGAUGGAAAUGCUUGGAGCGCAAAGUGACGACCGAUAAAGAACUCGCUAUAGCGAUGCAAACUAAAAUUCAGGAGUACAUGGAUAACCAAUAUAUACGAAAGCUAACGCCAGCGGAGAUGAAUGAAAAUCAUAAGCGUGUCAGGUAUUUACCCAUGUUUCCCGUUAGCAACCCUAAUAAACCUGGAAAGUUUAGAAUUGUUUGGGAUGCAGCCGCUAAGGCCCAUGGAAUAUCCCUGAACUCAGUCCUAUUGAAGGGUCCAGAUCAGCUUUCGUCUCUUCCAUCGAUACUAAUGAAAUUUCGGCAGAAUCGCAUCGGCAUAACUGGCGACAUCCGCGAGAUGUUUCACCAGGUUCGUAUCAACAAAGAAGAUCAGCACUGCCAGCGAUUCCUGUGGAAGCCAGAUAUAUCAUCGGGAGCGCCCACUGAAUACGUCAUGUGUGUCAUGACCUUCGGAGCAGCUUGCUCCCCCAGCACGGCACAGAUUAUCAAAAAUCUGAAUGCUAGGCGCUUCGAGAAUCAAUACCCUGAUGCCACGAAGGUUAUACUAGAGCAACACUAUGUCGAUGACAUGUUAAUCAGUGUCGAAAGCGAGGAAGAGGCGAUAAAACUAGCUAAAGAGGUAAAGUGCGUUCACAGCGAAGGUGGAUUUGAGAUCAGAAAUUGGUUGUCCAAUUCAAAGGCCGUCCUUGAUGAACUGAACGGUGAUAAAACCACAGAAAAGAGCCUGAACAUUGGCCUACCGCUUCCGACAGAAAAGGUACUCGGGAUGUAUUGGUGUACCUAAUCAGACACUUUUACCUAUAAACUGUCACCGCGAUACGACCAAGAACUGUUGAAAGGUUAUCGAGCUCCAACGAAAUGAGAAUCUUUACGCAUGCUGAUGAUGGUGUAUGAUCCGCUAGGACUCAUAUCGCAUGUACUGAUGUACCUAAAAGUACUUAUUCAGGAUAUAUGGCGCACAAAUAUUGGCUGGGACGAUAAAAUCGAUGGAUCAAUUUUAAACAAAUGGCAGACCUGGCUUAAAGUAUUACCAUCACUUGAGAAAGUACAGAUACCACGUUGCUACAGGAUGCUAACUUCAGUAAGUUCAGAUAAUAUCGUUGUGAGAAAUUCUCACGGAGUGCUGGCUGUAAAUUUUCGGAGUUUUUUCCACCAAGCCGAGAAAGCCGUAAUCGUCGCGCGCCGUUCUGUUUGUGACUGUUUAUUCGUCUGUCAAGUUCAUUCGUACAGUGUUCAUUUUGCUUAAUCCUAAAGUUCAUUUCCAGCUCUAGAUGACAAGUCCAAUUAACUAAUCCCCUUUCAGUUCGUCCGUGAAACAUUUCAUGAAAGAUUUCCUACAAUUCCUGUAACUCCGAAUCUAUUUUCAACAUUCCCGGCCACCAAAGAAGGAACUUUUUUUAAUUCAUGAAACCUAAUAAGCUAACUAAAUGUAAUUCGUAAUGUGUACCGGAAAUUGUACGAUUGAUCUGCAUUGUGAUUUGAUCGAUUGUUGCCGUAAUCGAUGAACUAGCCUAAACUGUCAGUUUUGUUUGCAUUAUCCCGUAUGCGAAAAAUGCGUGUGUGCAUACUUAAGGUGCAAAUGCUUGCUAGCCUUCCAAAUGUUGAUAUCACGUUGCUACUGAGUACCGUUAUCUCAACCAGCCAACCACGCUUGAGUGUAUCUCUGAGAUUUCCUUUGCCACUAAGAUACGAACGCGAUGCUGUUGUUCCGACCGAAAAAGGCAUAAUUGGAUGCCGAGAUGAAUGUAUGUGAAUAAUAUGUGUCUAGUGAACCCGGCCACCGUCACACAUAUUCCCGAACUGUCCGCAGAUGAUGUGUAGUAGCACCACAUGAUGAAACUCAUUCCGAUUGAGUAGUGUAAAGAAGGUGUAAAUCUCUUUACCCCGAAUAUGAUGCCUGAUGAAGCCCGUUGCUUCGCGAUGAAAUGAUACGCCGAUAAACGUGUGAUGGUAUGUAGAUAUUGAUCAUUCCAAUAUUCCCCUUGUAGAUUUCGAUCUUGUUGUUUUCUCUUCCGUAGGUGGACUUCCGUAGCCCGAACGAUGACAUGGUUGAAGAGGUGUACCGUUUGAUGCAUUCCCUGUCACGCUCCAGCCGAAUGAUGUUUCCACGAGCCAAGGUUUGCCCGUGCCCAUAGAUCGUUUUCGCCCUGAAUGAACCUCCCAGAACGUGUCUCCGCCGAUUACGAUGUCUAUGUUUCCCGGAACAUUAAAUGAAGGAUCUGCCAGCUGCAGAUCGGGCAUACUCCACGAUAAAGUAUCGAUGGGUGUAAUUGGAGUAUGCGCAAAUAGUGACUCCAGAACGAGGAACUCCAGAUGAUUAGAAUACGAUUGAUUCCUCGAUGCCACAGUUGCGACGAUCGACCCUCUCGCCGACUGUGCCGUUUUUCCGAUGCCCGUGACUGCCACGUUGAUUUUGUUUCGAGUAGCCGUAAGCUUCCGAGAAAGUGAUUCGGACAUAAAAUUCGACAUGGAGCCU